AUGACAUCACACGGUAAGGAAACGAAGCCAAGGCCUGCCAACACUUUAAAGUGUAAAUUGCAGGAUGAAAAUAUUACAUUGGGAAAUGUUGUGGACAGAUUAAACUUAGCCCGUGAAAAGAUGAUUGCAAACACCGCGAAGAAAGCGGCCAUUUUGGAGGCAUUAAACCAGGUUGGAAACACACAUAACGUCUUUUCAUCAGGAGCGAAAAAGGACCCUCAUGGAGUAAUUCAUGAAAUGAAUUUUAUGCGCAAAAGUUUGCAAAGCCAGUUGAAAAUCGAAGGCCACAAGACUGGUGACAGGAAUAGUCAAUUAACGUCAAAGAAACCAGAUGCAGGAAGGCUUGGAUGUUCUGCGGGUAAAAUUUCGAGUGUUGUAUCUGGAGUAGGAAGCAAGAGAAUUGACAGAGACAAAAAGUACUGUAGGAAGGAACCGCGAGAGACUCCAUUAAACACUAAAAAACACACAACGCUGAAUCGCCCACAAAAAAAUAAGCCGAGUGUUUAUAGCCGAUACACGACCACUUCCACUCCGCUUAUUUCAAUUGAUAACAGUUGUAAGGAUAAUUCCGACAUGACUAUCAGAAAGAAUUCUCAGUCGAAAGCUUACGUAUCAGAAAACUUAAGCUCAAGAGAACAAAGUGACAGCGAGCGUAGAUCAAAUAUAGAAUUCGAAAUGUCCAAUUGCAAAGAAGAGAUAUUUCUAAGUACUUGCUCAGAUCCAGAAAAUAGUGGAGUCGGCGAGCGAAAAAUGCUUCCCGAAGAGAUUUCGUGCGACGAAAAGGAAGUAUUGAAUCAAUUUACUGAUCCACAGUUAAAAGAGUCACUACAAAAUAUCAUUAAAAGAAGAAAAAGUAGUGUUAGAUUUGUCAAGUCUGAAUCAGGAUACGAAAUGGUUAAUGUUGAACCCAAAAUAGGCGAGUCGCUUGAAGAGAGAGCUGACAAAUACGAAGAAGAACAAGUACCUGAAAGCGUAAGUGUUGCAGAGGUCGGGGACAACAGCGAAAUCCGAAGUGUGAAAUCGGCGACUCCUCGUAAAGUUUCCGUAAAUCAAGAGAGAGUAAUGAGCGCAGCAACGUUUGCCUCGGGCGUAGAUAGAUGCCAAGGUCCAAUAACUUCAAGACAAAAUCGAACACGCUCUCGAAAAAUCUCACGCCAAGAGCAAGGAAUAAUAUCUGCAAGGCGUAUUUCGUCCGCAAGAUCAUGCACAAGUUCAGUAUCACAAAUGACGCAGAGAACCUUGAGCUCUCCAAUUUUGAGAAGGCGCAAGGUCGAUCUGCAAACGGACGAGACAAGAGUCAUUCGACCAGCUACCGCAAAGGGUUACGUUCCAAACUUAACCAGUCGAAAAAUCUUGCGCAAAGUCUCCGCGAUGUCAUGUCCCGAAAUUGUGCGUAAGAGAGACGAAGCCAAAACCUUAGCUCAAGUGAACAUGUUUCGAGAAUUCCUCUUGAUGUACUCAAAAGUCGCAGCCAAAAAUGAGGACGAAGUUCCCGGCCGCAAACCCGUUCGUAUGAUGAGUCAAACGCCGGAGUUGGUUAUCAAGAGCGCCAUAGGUCAGUUCUUGACACGCGCUUUUCCAUCCGACGAAAGUAUGGAAUGGACUGGACUGAACAGCCAGUCAAAAAAGGAACGGUAUGAAGAACAACAACGAUCAAAGUUGUUGAGGAUCAAGAUUUGCAUGAAACAUUUGGCCUCUGUUGCUUGA